GAGAUGUCAGCGAUAGGAUCCGUGUCGAUUUCAAUAUUUCUUUUUAUUCUGACUCUUCCUUGUCUUAAUUACUACAUUCUGUUCAUUAGUGGAAGUGGUGCUUUGGUAGGAGCAACACCUGAUGAUUCAUCGCUCAUCAAAAGUUGGGAACAUGACAAACUGGAUAACGAUAAAUUCAUUACAAAAGGACAUGUCCACCGACGAACCAGGUCAACGAAUUGUCAACCCAACACGGACCAUUCUAGUUGCGAGACAGUUUCAGCAAUUCCUCGAUUUAUUCGAGAGAAAUACAAUUUGGAUCCGUUCUAUGAGAAAUACACACAUGCUAACCGGAUACCCAUCAUCUCAUCCAGGCAGGUAUCGGAUACCGCGCUUGAAAGAGCCUGCUACACUGUGCGGUUUCUGAUGAUGGAUAGAGCGGAUAUCCGGGAGGCUCUUCAGAACGGAGGAGCACGGGUAUCCGUACUUGGUAUUAAUGAAUUAACUAAUGAGAUACCUGAAUAUAGAUAUUUGGAUGAUUCUUGGAACGAACGUACGCGCAGUCUCGGAGGAACACCUGAAAACCCGGUAACGGUGACAGCUGAAGAAAACCUCAUCUGCGCUGAUGAAUCAAUCGAUCGAUGGUCUGAGGAAGACAUCAUCGUACACGAGUUCGUCCACGCCAUCCACCUUGUCGCUAUCGACUUCAUCGAUACUAGCUUUAAGGAUAGGCUUAAAAACGCAUUUCUUGAUGCAUUUCGCUCAGGGCUUUGGUCUAAUCAUAUGGGUGGAACCAACAUCAAUGAGUACUUGGCCGAGGGUGCGCAGUCAUUCUUCAACGUCAACGUCCAUCAAGAUGACGACCUCCACAAUAACAUCAGUACCCGUGAAGCCCUCUAUGGCUAUGACCGUCAACUCUAUGAUAUCCUGAUGGAGAUAUUUCCAUGUGGCAACCAACUCCUGGAUCGAUGCAGAAAUCAAAGUGAGACGAUUUCUUGGCCUGUGCGGCGAGACUGUGUCUUCUCUCCCUCGACACCAAGCAUCGACCAGUAUACUGCAUCAUCAACUUUAAAAGAGCCUUCGGGAAUGAACACGACAUCGUCGAUACCAAUGGGACACACCAUGUCGACGCCGUCAGAGUCGACGCGGACUACAAUUGUAACUGAUGAAGGAUCAUUGACUAGAGUCACAGUUAUUGAGGGGAACCCAGGAAAUAUGUCAUCAUUGAUACCUGGUGAGGACGCACUUACCAUUCCGAACCAAAUUAAUCCAUAA